AUGGUUUCUGCACAGUUGACAAACGCCACGUUUCUGCCCUUUGUGUCGCUGGCAGCCCUCUUCUCGGCUGCCACGGCCGGGACAUCGGUGACGACGGCGACCAGCGAUGGCGCAAAGAGCUUGCCCGCCCAAGCUCAAGUCAUUGACAGUGCGAAAUUCGCCUCGAUCCCCUCCAUUGCCCCCCCAAGUGAAUACAACGGCACGACUGUUUGGGUGCCGCCUGGCACCACCCGACAGGAGCUCAAAGACCGCCCAUUCCUCGUAUUUGACUCUGAAUUCCUCGAAAUCAUUGGUCACGAUCCGAAGCUGGCCAUUAUCGCGGAAACGGAAACGGACCCGAUAUUUCAUGAAGCUGUCGUCUGGGUUCCCGCCACAGAUGAGGUCUUUUUUGCGCAGAAUGCCGGAAGCCCGGCGGCAGGGACUGGCCUCAACAAGUCGGCCAUUGUUCAAAAGGUGUCGGUCAAGGAAGCGCUGCAGGUCGCUUCCGGCAACAAGACUGGCCAUGUCACGGUCCAGACAGUCACCUCUGACCCUCCUGUAGUGAACCCCAACGGUGGUACCAACUACAAAGGGAAUAUCCUCUUUGCGGGCGAGGGAAUGGGCAACGAGACGGCAUCUGCCCUCUACUCAGUCAAUCCUCUACCGCCGUACAAUGCCACAAUUCUCAUAAACAACUUCUACGGGCGGCAAUUUAAUUCUUUAAACGACAUCGGAGUCAAUCCCCGGAACUCGCACAUUUACUUUACGGACCCCCUAUAUGGAUACUUUCAGGCCUUCCGCCCGCCACCAGUUCUGCCUGUUCAGGUGUACCAGUUCAACCCGGAAACCAAGGCCAUUACGGUAGCCGCCAGCGGAUUCGACCAGGCGAAUGGCAAGCGAACCUCUCAACAUCGACUCUUCAUUUACAGUAUCACUUUCUCCCCCGAUGGCAAACUUGUCUACAUAACCGACACGGGAGCGCACCACGGCUUCUUUGGCUACGACGCGGCUCGUCCUGCAACCAUCUACCGCUUCCAUGUCGCGCGCGACGGCUCAUUUGAGAACAGAAUCACCUUUGCCUUUGCCGACAGCGGAGUCCCCGACGGCAUUCACUGCGACAGCAAGGGCAACGUAUAUGCUGGAUGUGGCGACGGGAUCCAUGUUUGGAACCCGUCGGGCAAGCUUCUGGGCAAGAUCUUUACCGACGGCCCUGCGGCAAACUUUCAGUUUGUUGGAGACGGAAAGAUGAUUAUCUGCGCCGAAACACGCCUUUACCUUGCAUUGUUUGCAGCAAAGGCAGCACCGAUUCAUCCGGUCCAGCCCAGCCGCAGCUACAACACCGGCGCGCCGGGAUCCGACAGCGACGCGCAGCACCCCGGAGGAAGCAGCAUCCUCGAGCGGGCCGUGCGCAUCUCCCUGGCGCCGCUCAACGGGCACGUGGAGCUGCAGUGCACGCAGUGCGACGCCGACGGCGGCGCCACGACGACGACGCUCAGCAAGGCCGACAUGGCGCGCGCGUACGGCCUCGCCGCGCGCGACCUGCAGGCCAUUGACCUGCCGUCGCAGGGGUUCCCGCACAUCCUGGUGCGGGCCUCGACGAUCCUCGUGCACAUGUUUGACCUGCGGCUGCUGAUCCAGGCGGAGCGGCUGCUGCUGCUGCACGUCGACGGGCUGGCCGACACGACCAUUUCGCGCGUCUUUACGUACGACCUGCAGAACAAGCUGCGGAGCGGCGGCGGCGGCGGCGGCGGCGCCCACCACAAGACGAGCGCGUCGUUUGAGCUGCGCGCGCUCGAGGCCGCGCUCGCCGCCGUCGCCGCCGGUCUCGAGGCCGCGUACCUCGCCGCGCGCGCCGACGUGCGCGCCGCGCUGCAGCAUCUCGACGCGCAAAUGGCCGGCGAUGAGGAGACGACGGCAUCGGCGCACACGGGCCUGCGCACGCUGCUCGACGUCGCGCGCCGGCUGGCGGAUAUCGAGCAGCGCGCGCGGCUGGCGCGCGGCGCGCUCGAGACGCUGCUGCGCGAGGACCGCGACAUGGCGGACCUGUACCUGUCGGAUGCGGUGCGCGGGGCGCGCCGCGCCGCGGAUGACCACGACGAGGCCGAGUACCUCCUCGAGGCCUACUUUCGCGCGCACGACGCCGUGGUCAGCGAGGCCGCCGCGCUCAUGGCCGACGUCCACCGUACGGCGGACACGGUCCGGUCGGUCCUUGCUAGUCGCCGCAACCAAAUCAUGCUGCUCGAGACAAAGGUGGAAAUCGCCAUGCUGGGCAUGGCGGCGGCGACGUUGGUCGCCGGGUGGUACGGCAUGAAUACGGUCAACUUUGUCGAGGAGAGCCUGUCGGCGUUUGUUGUCGUUGUUACGGGCUCCGUGUUCGGCGGUGGUGUCAUCUCGAUGGUUCUGCUGCGGAGGCUGCGGAAUAUUAGGCGUAAGAAAAUUUAG